GAGCCAACUCUCCUCAAAUGCACAGUGACCACCACCGCACGCACACACCCCAAGAAAUGGAGACUGUGAAGGGAGGCAGGAUCAUUCUUGGCCUGGAAAUCAAUCUGAUUCUCUUUUAUGUCGGUGCUACAUGUGAGUGUAUGGUCUUUGUCCAUCAACCGCCUUACCUCGAAGUAGCCCACACUCAAGGGGCCGCGACCAUUCAGUGUUCCUUCUCCCACACGGGGUGCCCUUCAAAGCAACCAAAAAGCCUGUGGUUUCGCUACGGCGCGGACCAGCCUGAGAACCUAUGCUUCGAUGGCUGCACCGGCGAUGCAGGCAAAUUCACAGUGAAGGAAGCCCUAACAGAAAGAGCAGUCUCCCUCACUGUAAACAGGGUGGCUCUGAAUGACAGCGCCAUCUACAUCUGUGGAAUCGUCUUUCCCAACUCAAAGGAACCAGGAGCUAAGCGGACCGGAGAAGGGACCAUACUGGUGGUAAGAGAAAUGAAGGAACUACACAGCCCCCUGAUAGCUGCUGUGUCAGUGCUCUCCAUCUACGUUACUGGUGCGCUUGUGAUCUUCAUAAUCCUUUCCAAAUCAAAAUCUAACGCUUUAAGAAACAAAGAAACAGAAAAUUCACAAAAGAAGAAGAGUGCCCGAUGUAUUUUUCAGGAAAUUGCUCAGGAACUAUAUAGUAAGAGACAGGUGGAAACAAGACAACAACUUGAGAAAGGCAGCAACACUUACGAAAACAGAAGAGCACUUUCCAACUAUGAAAGACCAUAG